CCCACCUCAUUCUCCACCAUGCGAAGUACCUUAUUGACCCUCCCAUUGCUUUUGAGCACCGCUCAGACCGCGCUUGGCGUGUUCGAUACUUUUCUCGACAGUCAGCAAAUCCUCGAUUCCACGGACGAAGUCUUCUUUGGCCACGACGAUGCCAUCUUCGUCCUAGACGAAGACACCGUCCACGCCGCGCUCCGGGAGCACCCGAACGACCCAGUGGCCGCAUUUGUGUCGCUGAGCCCCAAAAGUGCUGACUUUCUUGCCCGGCCCCGCCUGUUGCACGUCCGCGGAGAACCCAACCCGGAAUGGAUGACCGAAGGCGACAAGCUGCUGCUGCGUCAGCAGGGCAAGAAAUUCAUGGACAUCACGGACCAUGAAGAGUUGUAUGCGGAGCAGGCACAUGCCUUGGCGGGAACGGCGCACCUGCCCCAGCUGACACACCAGCGCUACGUUCGACCCCUCUUUGACCAGGUCGAGAAAGCUCACAUGGAAUAUGUUCUCCGGCACAUGACCAGCUACUACAACCGGUACUAUGGAGGCAUUCAUGGCGAGAUGAGCUCCGAGUGGCUCUACUACCAUAUCGCUAAGAUCAUCCAGGACUCCCCUUUUCGAACGCACAUCUCGCUGGAGUACUUCACCCACUCGUUCCCUCAGUCGUCGAUCAUCGCACGCUUCGAACCGAAAGUCCGCAACUUCUCGCACCCUCUUACCAUCAUUGGCGCGCACCAGGACUCUGCCAAUUACCUGUUCCCGCUUCUCCCGGCACCUGGUGCUGACGACGAUUGCUCGGGCACGGUCAGUAUUCUGGAGGCGUUUCGCGUUCUGGCAGCGAGCGGCUUCACCCCCAAGAACGGUCCUGUGGAAUUCCACUGGUAUGCUGCCGAGGAGGCCGGACUCUUGGGCAGUCAGGCCAUUGCGCGAUUUAAGAAGGAGGAGGGGGCGCAUAUUGGGGCUAUGUUGGAAUUUGACAUGACGGCGUUCAUUGCCCACAACUCGACCGAGGAGAUAGGGUUCAUUGCAACUGAGGCGGAUGCAGCGUUGACGAACUGGACUGUCAACCUUAGCAGGGAGUACAUCUCCAUCCCGACCGAGGUAUACGAGCUUGGAGCUGGCGCCGGUUCGGACUACAUGUCAUUCACGAAGCUGAACUACCCGUCGGCCUUUGCCUCGGAGGGCAAUCCGCUGGCUGGAGGCAAGAUGCCUGGCAACUUCGACCCCUAUGUCCAUGGGGUAAAUGAUACGAUGGACAUUGACGACGAAACAGGCUAUUUCUCGAUUGAUCACAUGGCCCGAUUCACUGAGUUGGCCAUUGCCUUUGCGGUGGAACAGGGCGGCUGGGACAACAAAUGGCGAUGAAGAUGCUCAGUAUAAAUCUCAGGAUGUAUAACGCGACCAUAUAGAGCGCAGUCAUAUAUAUAUCAGCUCAAGUCGUACUGGUGAGCUUUUUUUCAUUGGCCUAACUGAAUGCUAGAUUCAAUACAGGCAGACAUAACCAU